AGACAGUGUGUUGCAACUGAAUCUAAUCGGUACCAUCAGUGACUUGCAACUUUUCUUUUUUGGUGUUAUCUACACAUCAAACAAACUGUUGAAUAUUUCGAUGGGACCAAACAACCUCAGACAUCAACUCGACUCUGGACGUAAAUAAAGUAUCGAUUCUUACAUAAAAAUUACAAUGGAAUCAAACACAAUCUUAAAAUCUUUCUAAUUCUACGGGGUUAUUUAUUAAUGUAGCCUAUCUAAGAGAAGUUUUGUGCAAUAUAAAGCUCUACCGAAAGGUGAAAAAGUCAUGUAGGCCUUGACCUAUUUCUUCUGUCGUUUCUGUGUUGUUCAACUUUGAUUCGAUACUUAGCCAUUCCGAAUCUGGUGAUUGGGGGAAAUAGUUUCGCCUGGAAUCGAUAUUUCCUCAUUCAGCUUCAUCAUGGCGUCCAGAUUGCGCGUACUUACAAAUGUUCUCGGCUUCCUGCACCCAAGUAACGCCUCUACCUCCGUGGCAGGCAGGCAGGUGUCCAGUGCAGCUCCCCAUAUCACCAAGGCAGACGACUGGUGGGGGAAAUGCAGUCGGGUCAAGAUUCUAGAUGGGGAGAUGAGCUACUACGACUCGGAUCCCAGCCAGAAAUCCGGCGAUGCUGUGGUGUUCCUGCAUGGCAACCCAACAUCAUCUUUCCUGUGGCGUAACGUGAUCCCUCACGUUGAGGGCUCACGCAGGUGCCUUGCCCCCGAUCUGAUCGGCAUGGGGCGGUCCAGCAAGCUUCCCAUUUCCUACAAGUACAAGGAGCAUUACAAGUACCUGUCGGCUUGGUUUGAUGCCGUCAGUCUGCCACACAAGGUCUCCAUUGUGUGCCACGAUUGGGGUUCCGGCUUGGGCUUCCACUGGUGCCACAUGCAUCCAGACCGAGUCAAGUCCAUCAUUCACAUGGAGAGCAUUGUAGCCACGGUUCCGGAUUGGAGCGUUUUCCCGGAUAUUGCUAGGCAGAUGUUCCAGGGUCUGCGCUCCGAUGCUGGGGAGGGCAUGGUCUUGGAGAACAACCUCUUUGUGGAGCUGCUGUUUCCACGAGCCAUCAUCCGGGAACUGAGCAGCGAUGAGAUGGAGGCGUAUCGCGAGCCGUUCCGCAACCCAGGCGAAGACCGACGCCCGACGCUGACCUGGCCACGUGAAAUCCCUUUUGAAACCGAGGGACCGCAAGAUGUGGUUGCCAUAGUCAAUGCUUACCGUGAUUGGCUGUCUAAGUCAGCUGACAUCCCGAAGCUUUUCAUCGACGCAGACCCAGGAUUCUUCUCUCCAGCAAUCCGCAUUGGAUGUGCUGAUUGGCCUAAUAUGAAGACGACCAAGGUCAAGGGUUACCACUUCUUGCAGGAGGAUUCAGCUGAUGACAUCGGCAAAGCCAUUCAUAAAUUCCUGUCUGAACUGUAAUUAAUCAAAGUGAAUUGGUACAGUUUUAUUUGAAAAACAACUCUGGGUAUUUCAAAAAUUGUUUUGGAAUGUAUAGUGGGUUUCCGAAAGUAAUGACUUUUUGUUGGCAGAAAAUCCUAGAAUUUUUGUUUUAAACCUUGAGAAAUUUGUGAAAAAAGGUGAUAAAAAAAUAAAAAUGAAAAUAAAUAAACUCGAAAAUUUGAGGGACUUAAUCAACUUUAUUAGUUAUAGCACCUGAAGUCCCCACCCCAUCCUCCAAAACCACAGUUCUUGCAAAAAUUUGGGGGCGGGGGGGGGGGGGGAAUAAAUGUACAUUGUUAAUAGAAUAGUUUAAGAUGCAGCUGUUUUAAUUGUUCAUGCAAUCAGUUGAUUCGGAAAUUAUAUGCCUUGUCAGUGAAAAUGGACUGCAGAGCAGACUAGCAUAUACUGGUAAAAUUCCCACUAUACUUGAUUGUGGGGAAAGCAUGUUGCAACCAGACGCUGCUCUUUUCUUCAUAUAUCAUCUCAAUGAAGAUCAAUCAUUGCGAAAAUGACGAUGAGACAUGAAUCUGGGACUGAAAAACAUUUUCAAUUAUGUUAGGAAAUACAUGUACAAUUUUAGAAAAUUUUCUUGACUCUCCAUAGACUUUUGUACACAACUGCUGAGGUAGCGUCAGGUUGCAACAUUCUUUCCAAUUGGGAGACUGUAUUGCCAUAAAGCAAUGUAGUGUAUGUCAGAAAUUUGCAUUGAUUUUCUGUGAAGUUGAUCAUGUUAAAAAUAAAAUCCUGCUGACAUUGCUGACAACUGAAUAUAUAGCAAUGCAUGUGUAAUAUUUGCCAACUGGAGAAAUGACUUUUUGGUCAGUGUGGUUUAUAGCCAUUACUUUUGACCAGUUUUAAUAAAAUAAGUUUCUGUUUUGCAUUUGUUUUCAGCACUGUCUAUAUGAAUAUGAAUAAAAUUAUUACAUUUCAAUAAUACAUGAUAAAAAUUAUGUAAAUACUAAAAGUUUGAGUUAUUUUUUUUUACUGAAAUGUCCAACCUUGUUCAACAAUGUUGGAACUUAAAUAAUUUUUAACUGGACUAUAGAAGUCAAUAAUAAUGUUCAACUUGUGACAUGACCAUUUUCUUUGUAGGAUUGUAAAAAUGCAGGAGAAUUUUUUUUCCAGUAUUACAAUGAAAUGUUGAUGUUUUUGCUUUAGUCUGUUUUCAAGCGCAUGUUCAUUCAGUGUCUAAAGAGGCCGUUUAUUUGAUCGGAAUUAAUUGGAUGCCUUGGAAAAUGAGAUUUUUGUAUUUAACUGAAGUUGAAUUAAAAUUAUGUUCAAUCUUGAAAGUUUUGAA